AGAUUUUUAUAUAAGAAGCAAUCAUGGCCACAACGAAGAACGUACUCUCUACCAGAUGGACCUCCGAAUUGGAUAUAGAAGAGUAUAGUAUCAUCCACCAAUACCACAUGAAUUCACUCGUUGGAGAUUUUCCACAGUCUCUAUCAUCUCUUGAUGAUAUUAACAACUCUUACAACUUCGACGCUUCUUGUAAUAAUGAUUUUGUCGAAGAGAAGCCUUCAAAGAUCCUUAAAACCACUCACAUAUCACCAAAGAUACAUCCUUUUUCUUCUUCCAAUACUCCUCUUUCGACGAAUCAGCCCUCUUCCAGGAUUCUUUCUUUCGAAAAGACUGGUUUGAAGGUUAUGAAUCACAACUCACCAAACUUGAUAUUUAGCCCCAAGGAAGAAGAAACUGGAUUACCGGACCAGAGAAAAUCCAAGCUGGUAAUAAGAGGGACAAAGAGGGCUCAAACCUCGACUCGAAGCCAAGCAAAUGCUCAAGAACACAUCCUCGCAGAGAGGAAGCGAAGAGAGAAGCUUACUCAAAGAUUUGUAGCACUUUCCGCCCUAGUUCCUGGCCUAAAGAAGAUGGACAAGGCUUCUGUGUUGGGAGAUGCAAUAAAGCAUAUAAAGCACCUCCAAGAAAUAGUGAAAGAGUAUGAGGAACAAAAGCAAGAAAGAACUAUGGAAUCAAUAAUUCUUGUAAAGAAGUCUCAGCUGGUUUUAGAUGAAAACCAUCAACCAUCAUCAUCAUCUUCCUCAGAUGGAAAUCGCGACUGCUCGAGCUCGAAUCUUCCAGAGAUAGAAGUUAGGGUUUCAGGAAAUGACGUUCUUAUUAAGAUCCUAUGCGAGAAGCAAAAGGGUAAUGUGAUCAAGAUUAUGGGGGAGAUUGAGAAGCUUGGUUUGCUUAUCACCAACAGCAAUGUCUUGCCCUUUGGACCAACUUUUGAUAUCUCUAUUAUCGCUCAGAAGAAUAGAAACUUUGAUAUAAAAAUCGAGGAUCUUGUGAAGAACUUGAGUUGUGGCAUAUCAAAGCUCAAGUGAUUGGUUUCAAGUAUACAUAUACAUGGUCACACUCAUAAUCAUCAAUUUCUCCGACCGCACGUCACCGAAUAAUCCAAAAUCGGUUUUUUCCAUGAAAAUGGUUUUAUAGUUUGUUGUAUAGAGAAGGGUUCUUAAGUCAUUAAAAGUUCCUUUGUCCUUGUGUUGUUUGAGUGUGCUUUAAGAUACAUGUCAUCAAAUGUUUAAGUAUCUCUUUACUAUCAGGUUUUGUUGGGGACGAAUUAUUUUUCGCAGUUGUUGGAUUAUAUAUUUCCUGCGAUGUAAAGCAUUUCGUUAGUUUAAUAAACGUAAGGUAUGUUUAAGAAAA